ACCAUACUGGAAGAUCCCCUCCAAGAUCAAUACUAUCUCCCGAGGUGACGAUGUCUGUGAAUCUCGAGGCUUUGGACAAGGAAGCGCAGGUGCUUCGCGCCGCUGUGGACGGUAAGCAGGUGGACGAGGCCACCAAGCUGCUCGCACAACUGAAGAUGGCGCUGACAAAGCUCCCGGCGCUGCCUCCAUGCGGCAUCGACUCUCCAAACGCCAAGCAGGAGCUUCAACUCGCGCGCCACGUUUUGGAGAGCGCCACGCUGCUGAGCAUCCUCCGCGAGGACAUGACGGCGUUCGAGCGCAGCAUGAUCCAGCUCAAGAUCUACUACAACAGCGGACUGGAGCGUUCCCCACUGCACUACCCGAUCCUGGGCACGAGGCUGCUGCAGCUACUCGUGGAGAACCGCAUGGCCGAGUUCCACAACGAGCUGGAGCUGCUCCCCGAGCAGAGCCGCCAGGACCCCAACAUCGCCUUCGCCGUCAAGUUGGAGCAGUAUCUGAUGGAAGGAACGUACAACAAGGUGCUAGAGUCGCGCACUAAUGUGCCCAACCCGUACUUCCCCUUCUUCCUAUCGCAGUUACUGCAGACUGUGCGUGAGAACAUCGCCGACUGCGCCGAGGUGGCCUACCAGUGUCUCACACUGUCGGACGCGCAGAAGAUGCUCAUCUUCGACUCAGCUGCUGAACUGACCGCCUACAUUCAAGAGGAGAAGCCAGAGUGGGUCGUGCGUGAAGGCCGCGUGUGGUUCAAGGCACCAGAAAAGUCUCUGGGCGCCUCGGACAUUCCUUCCUUGAGACUAGUGGGCGAGACACUGGCGUACGCUACGGAACUGGACCGUAUCGUAUAAGAAAAACAGGCUCAACAAGUCACGACAACAGGUAGGGGGUUAUCUGCACUCAAAACCAUCGAAUAAUUGUCGUGACCAGCGUCAAAUUACUCACAAGACUUUGAUUCAUUUUCAAUUUGCACUUCUGUCAAUUCGUAACUCACUACAGGCAGCUCAUAACGCAGUUAGUGGUAGAUAUACUGCUUGACGGCUUUCGUCUCUCGACGUUUCUUGGCAACAGGAGCGCCAAGAACUUUGUCCAGCCACACUUGCGUCUUGUUCGGG